AUGCAGAUCAAAAAGUCGUCAAUGGCUUUGAGCCUUCUGCCUCUGGUUCUGGCUCGCCCAGCUCCUCAGAUGGACUAUGGCGAGAAUUCAGGCAAUGUCGGUGGUGUUUCUCCACAGAUACCCACAGUUACGGUCGCCUCUGGUUCUCUAUACGGCGAUGAGAGCUUGCUUGGUGGUAAUGCUCAAAGACCGCCGACUUCUGGUGGUGACUCUGCCGUUGUUGACGAUGUUGAACUUGUCAAUGGUCAAGAGGCUUCUGAGAAGCUGGGUCUCUACCUCGACUUCAACAGUGAAGAAAUACCACAACCGAUCCGUGGAAGCAAGGGAGCUACUGACCCUGGCCCUAGAACCUAUGAGUAUGAGAAGCUGAACCCCGAUAUUUACGCUCCACCUUCCACAGACCAGGGUGACGUUCCUAACGCCAUGUGGCCUAUGGGUCUGUCCCACAAUAAGCUUGGUAUUGAUCGAGCUGGUUGGGCUCGUCAACAGAACAAAGCCAAUCUGCCAGUAGCGACAGACAUGGCUGGUGUUGACAUGCGACUUGCACCUCAUGCCUACCGUGAGCUUCACUGGCACACUGCAGGUGAAUGGGCAUUAGUACUUAAAGGAUCCGUCCGUGUCGCUGCUAUUGACACUGACGGUAAGAGUUUCAUCGAUGAUGUUACAGCUGGUGAUGUGUGGUUCUUUCCUCCCGGUGUUCCGCACAGUAUCCAGGCGCUGGAUGAGGGCUGUGAGUUUAUUCUUGUCUUCGAUGAUGGAGAAUUCUCUGAGGACGAGACCUUCCUUGCUACCGAGGUCUUCAUGCGCACCCCAACUUCCGUCAUGUCCAAGAAUCUCCAGGUUAAUGUCGAAAAACUCGCAAAUGUGCCGCAAAAGGAGUUGUUUAUCUUCAAUGGGACACCAGCGCCGGCUAAUAUCUCAGAACAAAACAUCACUUCUUCAUCUGGUUCUCUCUCGCCAGCCAAUGGUUACACCUACCACUGGUCUCAGCAGGAGCCAUACACAACAGAAGGAGGCUCUGUCAAGAUUCUUGACCCGACCACUUUCCCGGUUGCUAGUAUGUUCUCAGCUGCUCUUGUUGUCAUUCAGCCAGGCGCCAUGCGCGAGAUACACUGGCACACUACCUCAGAUGAAUGGAACUACUUCCUGCAAGGCAGCGCUCGUAUUACGGUCUUCGCGGCCCCAAGCUCCGCUCGGACGUUUGAUUUUACAGCGGGCGAUGUCGGAUAUAUUGAGGCUGCCAACUCGCACUACGUCGAGAACACAGGUACUGAAGACGUGAUCUUCCUUGAGGUCCUGCAGGCGCCCAAGUUCACCGAUGUUUCCGUUUCCCAGUGGCUCGCGCUAUCGCCUCGCCAAGUUGUCAAAGACACCCUUAAUCUGACGGAUGAGGUCCUUGACGCGCUCCCUAAGGACAAGACUCUCAUCAAGCCCGGUAACCUGAACAUGACUGCCUUAGCUGGUGGCGAGAGCAAUUUUUAG